AUGUCUUCUACUACAACUACUACUACCAAAUCAUUAAAAAGUAAAACUUCAAAGUCAACUCCAAUUUCACUAACAACUACUCAACCAUUAAAUAAUUCAAUAAAUUCUUCAGCUUCAACUAAUAAUAUACUAGAACCAUCAAAUGAUAUAUUAUUGUCAAAAUGUCAAUAUAUAGAUGAUCACCAAAUAAAUAAAUCAUAUUCAGAAAUUUUAUUAGAUAAACAACAAAACUACAAAAAUUCAAAUAAUUUUAUAUUAUAUAAAUUAAAUCAAUUAUAUUAUACUUAUAUUUAUUCAACUCCAUUAGCUUAUUCAUCAAUUGGUGAACUGAUAUUUUUCAAUUUAAUUGUAAUUGGAUUAAUUAUAUUAUUAAGUUAUUAUAUUGGUUGGAUAUUACCAAAAAUUAUAAUUCAUAGUAUUGAAAAAUUUUAUUAUUAUUUAACUGGUUAUUCAUUUACUUUUGCAAAUUUUUUUAAUAGUAGUAGUGGUAGUAGCAGCAGUAGCAGUAGUAUUUUAGGAUGGAUUAAUGAUUUAUUGUUUUUAAAUUUAAAGAAUAAUUCAUCAUCAAGUUUAUUUUUAAAUAAUGGGUUAAAUAAUAAUGAACUUCAUCUUUGA